GGGUCUCCAGUGAACUAAAGAGGAAGGAGGGACUUGCUUUGAUCAAGUGUUGGGCUCACAGUAUCCCAUGGAGAGCCGGCUUCCAUGGUGUGGGGCCCGGGCGGGAUGCCUGCACCCACCCAGCCGGCUGCCAGCCUGGUGCUUCCUCUGUCUGCUGCUGGUACCCUGGACCCCGCAGCUAGCAGGAGGGAUAUCAGUGACCCACACCAGCCCUCCGAUCAGGGUCUCCCUGGCAAACACGGAUGUGUCCUUUAGCUGCAGAAUCCAGUACGCCGCUGGAUCCGAGGUCAUCAUUUUCCCUGUUAGCUUCUUUCAUGUGGAUAUCCAUGGCAAGAGAAGCUUGGAGAAGCCGAUUGAUUGCCAAUACAGUCCUGGCAUGGAGAACCAGACCAUGGAUUGCACGACUAAACUCAGCCUGCCAAAUGCAUCAGCCACAGGCACUUACUACUGCAUAGUCAAAGGCCAGGACACGUGUCAGAGUGAUGGUGUCUUCAUUCUGGUCAGAGACACAGCGUACCAGCCACCUUCAUUCAAGGUCCGGGAGGCUCUGCUGCUUGGCUUUACCAGUCUGAUGAGUGUCCUGGGAGUGCUGGGGACAGCACUGCUGCUUUGGAAGAAGAAACAGAUAUUAGUUCUGGGCAAGCACACUGCUAAGACAUGCCCCGGUCUCAAAUCCACCAUCGGAACCACAAAGCCUCCAGCAGAAUCCAUCUACACGUCCCUACAGGGUCGAGAGACAGAGGUCUACGCCUGCAUCGAGGGAGAGACUGGCAGCCCUGUCUCCAGCCAAAGCCCAGCCACCAAGGAGAAGCUGAACAAGCUUGAGGAUGACAAGGACUUUAACCUCGUCUAUGAAAAUCUCUAGACGUUCUACAGGCCCUGAGCCUUGUCUUGGAUUAGGCCCCAGAGCCCCAGCUCUUGUCUCAGGACCUGCUUUGGGCCAGGAGCCAGGCCUUCAGGACAGGCCAUGACCUCACCACCACAGCCAGGGCUCUCCCCACCGUGGCCUGGUCUGCGCCCACGUUCUGUAGGCCACGCUGAACCGUUAAUGUCUCUGGGAUUUUGCCCAGGCUGCUCCCUCCAUCAGGAAGGCCUUUCUUCCCCUGGCCCCAUGGACAAAGUGGUCCUCAGUCCCGCAGGGCUCUCUUGGAUGGCGUCUCUUUCCUCUUUGCUACGGCCACCCCUGCAGAGCUGUGUAUGUGGCUGUCUUGGCAUCGGCCUACAGUUUGGUCCCCAGGCAGACUUGGCCCUGGGAGAACAUAUCAGGACCCCUGUGAUGGCUCUCCCUGGCCACUGAGCCGCUCCAGCUGCUGAGAGGAUUGUACAGGGUGGGCACACGCUGAGUGGACUGGAAAAUGAUAUGGCUACGGAGAGAUGAAGAUCAGGCAUCAAAGAACUGCACCAACGCUGGUUGGGCCCAGGGCCAGACACGGAGGCUGCGGAUCUGGCAAGUGGAGCUGAGCCAGGAGUAGGAGCACAGGGAGGUUGGGUGCAUGCUGGUGAGAGAGGGGGAUCUAGGAGCGCCCCUCCCCCAAGGAGAACCCCGAGCUAGGUUCCCAUCAGACUGUGUGGGCACACACCUCACCAGGCCUCACCCUACGGGCCUCUGUUCCUUAUUGUACCCUUAGACCCAGUUCCUGCUUGUGGCCUACUCUGACCCCACCCACCACCUGUGGUUCCGUGCCCUUUUCCUCUGCUUUAUUGAUUUGCUUUUGGCCCAUCUUGCCUCCCCUGAAGAUGGGGAACAGGUGGCUGUCUCCAUGCCACGCCUUUCCUCAGUGGUUCAGCUGUAUGGCUCCCUGCUGGGCCACCCCUGGGUAAGUGGGUGAGUCUCUGUGCUGGAGCAACUCAAACCAAAGUUCCCCAGUGCAUCCCAGCCUUUCUGGCCCUCCAGGAAUUCAUCAAAGGACCCCCUCCCCCCCCCCACCCCCCCCCCCCCCCCCGCCGUUCACUCCCCAGGGACCCCUACAACAGGGAAGCCGUUGUAGACAGUCCUGUCCUGGAAGACAGGAACUGAAGGGCUCAGUUUCUGGGGUGCAGGGCUCCUCUCCUACCCUACUUCCCUCCUCUUAGCAGGCCUUUCCUUCAGCUUUCCCAGAGCUUCCCGUGUAGCUGUGGAGCAGAUAGGCCAAUCUACCUCCCCUACUUUCCAGGCUGCUUCAAAAGUUCCUAAGAUGUUCUCAUUCCAAAAUCCGCGUGCACUCAGGGAAUACGGAAGUAUCUGUGAACAGACACACCUAGCCUGGCCCAAGCAGUGUUGAACUCUUACCCCUCAGGCAGUAGAGGGGUAACAAGGAAGGCAGAGAUGCUUCAGAAGAUGGCGUCCAGAAGCGCCUGUGUCCUUGGACAGCCACACCAGGCUUUUCUGGGCCCAGUGGAUGGCUUGUAAGCUGCAAGCCUGGAUCUGGGCUCUACCCUUGGACAUCCAACAAGCAACGUUCCUCAGAGGUUGCAGGGAGGAAUGAAAGUCUGGAGGCUGGCUUGAGGAAUUCCCGGUCUGUGAGGAAGGGGAACCACCCAGCACAGAGCUGCCUCCAGGCUCCUGGCUCCAGUGGUCUGAAAUGAAGCUGAGCUCUGGGUGAAAGCCUUAGCCAGUGAGAAGUCGCCAUUGCCUCUCCUACCACCAGAGCUUUAGGCCCAGUCUCUGAACUUUCUGACUGAGACUCAGAGUUUUUUGUUUUUUUUUUUGUUUUUUUUUUUUGUUUUUAACCCUUUCCAGAGGAGUGAGGGAAGCCUGGUGGGACUUUGUAUUGUGCCCUGGCUCAGGACCCAUCACCCAGGUCUCCCAGCAGUCACCCCGUUCCCACGGCCUCUUCCCUACAAAGCAGCUGGAGGAACCUGAUAAAACAUACUUUGUCUUGUUCCUUUCCCACGAAAAAAGCCUUCCCUGGUUUCUACGUCACUUGGAAUAAAAUCUCAGCUCCUUGCUGUGGCCCAGGAGCCCAAAGAA